GCACCUCUGCAGGAUGAGUAAAUUAGCUAGCUAGCUAGCUGGCUAAAACAUGUAACGUUAACCUCUUUGGUGUAGCUAGCCCUUAGGAUGGGAAGUGCAUGCUACUAGCUAGUAUAGGGCAUUGAUGUAUUAAGAUAACAGUAAAGUUAGCUAGCUAACACAAUUAAAAAAAAAAUGGUAAUGUUAACGUUGCGUACAUUGUACCUAGCUACAUUAGUACGUUGGUUAAAAACUAGCUAGCCUAUAACUCCCUAACAAUCAAACGUUGCAGUUAACCGAAUAACUGAACCGUUAACGUUGACGUGUUCAGCCCCGACAAACGCGAAAUUAAAAUGAAACGGUAGUGCGUUGAACACCUUCAUGUGUGCGCGAGCGCAGCUGUCUUUUUAAUACCACGAGUUGGUUUAGCUACACCAUAAACAGGUUUAGAUACACGCCGCUGCUGAUUGGGUAACACCUCUGACACCCAGCAAAAGAAGGAAAAUCACUGGGGGAAAGACAUGCCUCGUCAAUUUCCGAAGGUAACUCUGAGUGAGGCAGAGAAGGAGACACAACUGCUAGCAGAGAAAGUAUAUGCAUCAGCGCUAAAGGAAGAAGACAACAAGGAUGCCUUGUCAAUGUUCAACGUGCCUGAGGACUGCCCAAUUGGCCUCCAGCAAGCCAAGGAACAUGAACUACUUAAGGAGCUGGCAGAGCAACAGUCAGAGGAGAGUACCAAGAGGAAAAAAAGCUUGAAGAUGAUUCGUUCCCAGUCAAUGUCCCUGCAGAUCCCAGUGAAUACAGAUGGUAUGCGGUCAGUGUCAGUCACGCCAUACCUGUCCCCCAGCUCCACCUGCUCAUCACUGCCAGAAAACUGCCCUGAUUACCAGAGGGUCACUAUUAGUGGUGAUUACUGUGCUGGAAUCACAGUGGAGGACUAUGAACAGGCAGCCAAAAGUCUGUUUAAGGCUCUGCUUAUACGCGAGAAAUACUCAAAGCUGGCCUAUCAUAGAUUCUGCAGAACCACAGCCCAGUUCCUCCGCAGCGCUGAGAACGUGAGAUGGAGCGAAGAAGAUGAGGUUCUACCAGAUAUGUGCCCAUGUCCAACAGAUGGGGAAGAUCCCUACAGUAUGGAGAACAUCCCUGAGAAUCUGAACUAUGAACUAAAGAUGAAGGAUGGGAUAGUGUAUGUGUAUGACAAUGCCCAGGCUUUGAGAGAAAACCAGCCCAAUGACCUUCCUUACCCUGACUUAGAGACCUUUGCCAUAGACCUCAGUCAUGUGCUGGCAAUGAUUGCAGAUGGACCCACGAAGACCUACUGUCACAGACGACUAAAUUUCUUGAGUUCAAAGUUCUACCUCCAUGAUAUGCUCAAUGAGAUGGCUGAGCUAAAGGAACUGAAAAGUGUGCCUCACAGAGAUUUCUACAAUGUUAGGAAGGUGGACACGCAUAUUCAUGCAGCUGCCUGCAUGUCUCAGAAACACCUGCUGACCUUCAUCAAGGAAACAUAUAAGACUGGUGCUGACCGUAUGGUGUUGGAAAAGGCUGGACAAAAGAUGACUCUCCAGCAGGUUUUCCACAGUCUCAAUAAGGACCCCUAUGACCUUACUGUGGACUCUCUGGAUGUGCAUGCUGGGAGACAUACCUUCCACCGGUUUGACAAGUUCAAUUCGAAGUAUAAUCCAGUGGGAGCCAGUGAACUUCGAGAAAUCUUCCUGAAAACAGACAACCUCAUAAAUGGAGAGUAUUUUGCUCGCAUCAUAAAGGAAGUGGCCCAUGACCUGGAGGGGAGUAAGUACCAGCAUGCAGAGCCACGCCUUUCCAUCUACGGACGCUCUCCAGAGGAGUGGGACAGUCUGGCUAAGUGGUUUAUUCACCACAAAGUAUACUCUCCAAACAUGAGGUGGAUCAUUCAAGUGCCCAGAAUAUAUGAUAUUUUCAAGGCAAAGAAGCUGGUACCUAAUUUUGCCAAGAUGCUGGAGAACGUAUUCCUUCCUCUAUUUGAGGCCACUGUUAACCCACAGAAGCACAAACAACUUCAUGUGUUUCUCAAAUAUGUGUCCGGGUUCGACAGCGUAGACGAUGAGUCCAAACACAGCGAUCACAUGUUCUCCUUCAGGAGCCCAAAGCCAGAACAGUGGACUGCAGAUGACAACCCUCCCUACAGCUACUACAUCUUCCACAUGUAUGCAAACAUCAUGGUCCUCAACAACCUCAGAAAAGAGCGUGGACUGAGCACUUUCCAGUUCCGUCCCCAUUGCGGAGAAGCUGGAUCAAUCACUCACUUGGUCUCUGCCUUUCUCACAUCAGACAACAUCUCACAUGGACUCAACUUGAAGAAGAGCCCUGUGCUGCAGUACCUGUACUACCUGGCCCAGGUGCCAAUUGCAAUGUCGCCACUCAGCAACAACAGCCUGUUCCUGGAAUACUCCAAAAAUCCUCUCCGAGAGUUCCUGCACAAAGGCCUGUGUGUGUCCCUGUCCACAGAUGAUCCCAUGCAGUUCCACUACACCAAGGAGCCACUCAUGGAAGAGUACGCUAUCGCAGCUCAGCUGUGGAAGCUCAGCACCUGUGAUGUGUGUGAAAUAGCCAGAAACAGUGUGCUGCAAAGUGGACUGUCUCACCAGGAAAAGAGGCACUUCUUAGGAGAGAACUACCUGAAAGAUGGACCUGAAGGGAACGAUAUCCGUCGGACCAACGUCGCCCAGAUCCGCAUGGCCUACAGACACGAGACACUGUGCAAUGAACUCAGCUUCAUAGUCGAUGCAGUGAAGUCUGAAGCUAUGAAUUCCCAGUAUGAAUAAAAUGGACCUCGCGUUAGACAGAAUCCAAGCAUGCUGAGCUCUCAGUAAUCACCAUUUACCUUUAUUUUUGAAAAGUGCCAGUGAGUGAAUGUGAUGAUUACAUGAAAAAUACAAUAUCCUGCCAAUCAAAAAGCAAUGCUUAGCUGGUCACAAGUUCAUAAGGAGUUUGAUAAAGUGAAGACGCAUGCUUUGGAUGACUGAUGGCACUUUGCUUCUCAAAGGUUUAGACAAAAGCUGUGGGGGUCCAGGCUUGUGUGAAAUACAUUCACACACUUGUCAUUACACAAACCCACAAUGUAUAAACAAUUGUACCUUACACUCCAUUUUGUGAUGGGGGUAUGCCAUAGAAAUAGUUUGAAACUUGACGUUUUUCAGUUACUGUAUACACUGUUCAUCAGACACAAGGACACUUGUGGUUGAGAGUGUUACAUAAUGUUAGCCUAGAUGACCGAUAACAGAUGAUGUCUGGUACAUUUCCUCUGUCUCUCCCUUAAUUAGCUUGUUUUAAAGAGGUUUGGAAGAUAUCAGUAUAUUAAACUUUUGGGAGAUACAUCAGUUCAUAAUGGCACAAUGCUUGAAAUUGUUGUAGAAAUGUUGCAUUUACAUGUAUGUUCAUUAUUUGAAGCAACAAACAGUAUGUUAAAAGAAUAAAAUGUCUUCAGUC